GGGAAAGAGGUCAUUCUUUUUGGCACGAACACAAAAGAAAAAAGGUUCACAUGAAUUGAAACUAAGGGAGUAACAUGUAUAUUCAUGAAAUUCACUAGUAAUUACCUUAAAUUUGAAAAAGAAUAGCCCAGUCUUGUUUAAAUUUUGGUAGUCGAGUGAUUUCAAGGCUAGAAUUACUCUCAAAAGAAUAUGAUAAGGGUUGCUGGACCACAAAUAUUGGACCUUAGCUUGGACGUAGUAGGGUCAAGGGUGAAAAAAAGAGGGUUCUCUAUCAUUUGAUCCUCUGUAAUUGGAAAUCCAAGAACUCACAAAUCCUUCUUGGUUGCUGAAUUCCAUGGCACAAGUUCCUUUUGUGAGCUUUGUUUUGAGUUGUGCCAGGAGUUUUUCUUUUGGGGAACGGUCACAAUCUGGGAAAAAGUAAAAGUGUCAUUACCUAAACUAUUCCAUCGAUUAAUACAAAUUACAUUGUUUUGCUGAGACCAUUUUCCAGCUUGACAAUAAUUCUAACGGUGUCAUGACAUGUGACAUGCUAGGCGAAUUCCACAUGGACAAAACACGACAGAGAUGCAGAGUAUAUAAGUAAACAAGUCUUCGACCCUACCAACGCAUUUUAAAGUCGUUCGUGUGGGUUGGGCCCAAAGCGGACGAUAUCACUAGUGGUCUGGGAUGAGACUGUUUCCGAUAGACCCCGGCUCCCUCCCUCCAAGAACUCUCACCUUGCUCUUGGGGUGACUCGAACUUACAACCUCUUGGUUGGAAGUGGAGGGUGCUCACCACUAGAGCAACCCACAACAUGCACUAGAGCAUACCUUUGCAAACCAAGAACUCAUAGAGUUAUGAUACAUAGAGAACAACACGAGAAUGGCCAGCAGAACAAAAUAUUGCACCUCAAGAAUAAAGUCUUUCGUUAUCCCUCUAGCAAACUACUCGAUCGAGGCUGAUUACUAUUUUCCAGUUUCAUUUUUCGAGCUUCUAGGCAUGUUGGGAAACUUGAAAGGCAUAACAUCAACAUAUGUGGCCUCUCAAUGCGUACUGAAACUAUACCAGGACGGACAAGUUGAGACCAUUAAUAAGAGUGAACCUCAACAACUUGCACAAUAUGCAGCUCACUUCAUUGCCAACACUGAUGAAACUCAACCCUGCAACUUCGCCACAUUUGUACCUAUUGGUGAAGAUGCACCUCUCCAGCGUGCAGAGUGGAUAAAAUACUUGGGAGUUUUUGCGAAUUUGGAAAACAGGGCAAACCAAGUCUAUGAUGCAAUUAAGGAGAACUAUUUGUGCUUGAGCAAAGCUGCAACUAGUAAGACUUCAGUUAAACCAACUGUAUCUUGGAUGGAUCAUAAAGAUGGAGUGUGGUCAUUUACAAGAGAGCCAUACAAAUUAAAGUUUGUGGAGGAUGCUGGUGGAGUCAAUGUCGAUGAUUCCAUCAACAAAGUCACAUACAAUAUGUCCAUUCCUGAUGAUUUAGAAGAGUUUCAUGCCAUUUUGUGUACUGUGGAUGUAGUGAUUGAUGAAACAUAUACCUCAGAUCCAGCGGUCUAUAGUGCUUCCACAUUUCUUGGAAACAUCAAUUUGGAAGAUCAAUCUUGCUUUGCUUUUCUCUCAAAUCAAAGCUUGUGGAGAUAUGAUAAAAGGGUGCAAAACUCUACAGUCCUAGACUGGUAUGAUGGAGCUGUCUCUCAACCCCAACUGGUCUUAGCAGAUAUUAUUGAAGCUUUAUAUCCUACAGGAAACUAUAACACGACAUAUUUCAGAAAUAUUGCAAAGGGAGAAGGGAUCAUAAGCAUUGGUCCUGAAAUGUGUGAAAGAGACAGCUCCAUCGCAAUGGAACCUACAGUUGUAGCUUGCCAGUAGCCGCUGCUCUAUUCAAGAUUCUUUGUCCUGAUUUUUGGUUCUUUUUCUUCACACAUUUUGGUCUGACUAUUGUUCAAAUUUAUUGUAAGUUUCAGAACUGGAUAUUCUUCAUCAGCUACGGAAAGGAAAAGCUGAAGCCAUAAGCAUUAAUUGGUUAUUCAAAAUACGAUAUACUGUGUUCAGUUUCUAACCAAAAUAACAGAACAUGAUGCCAUCAGUGUAUAAUUCUGCUCGAGUAUACUGAAUUUCAGUUC